UGAGAAUGAAAGGAAGCCGGUCAAAGAAUGGCUCUUGUACUUCUCAAAGCGUGACGUCGUCAUAUUCACUAAACUUAUCUCUAUCUCUCUCUCUCUCUCCUCUGUUCGGGAUUUUUACCGUCAAUUUCUGUCAGGCGGUGGUAUGUAUAAACGCUGAGAGCUUCGGGCAUCAGACUUGACCGGUACUCGCCGCUUGGCCAGCACAAACCCGAUUUUCCUCUCCGACUGUCCGCUAAUAUUAAUACCUGACUUAAUCCGAAUAUGUGCGCUUAACGAGUAAUCUCAUAACGUCUAUUGAACAUCGCUUAAUUAUCGUCAGAUUAUCCUAUCAUACUUGCCGUUCAUUGGCAUUUUGUUUAGGAACGUCGCUGGAACAUUUCUGCACUUCUUGUCUACUUUUGAUUUAAGUAAGACUUGCUUUGUAAUUGGACACGCAUAUCUCUUAAUAAGAACAUCUCCUAAACUUCUAACUUCAACCAAAAAUCAACAUAGUGAGAUAUCUAGAGAGUGAAAUAUUGUGAAUAACAGCCCUAGAAGAGCAUUCUAAACUAAAUUUUUUCACCACUUCGAGAAUCAGUACUGAUACAUUUUAACGAAGAUAAAUUCUAUCUUCCUAUGAUCUCUAAUUGAAUCGGUGACGGUAGAGCAGCUUUGGGACCCGACAUUGACAGAGUGUUCUCAUCACGGAAUCUUAUCCUAUCUUUCAGUUCGUGAGGCGGUUCGACCCUACCUCCGCCAAGCUGGAUCAUUCUGCCUUGACAGGAGGUCCCCGGACCUUCCCGGUAGCGAGCAUGGCUUACACCAUUCCGCCCGUACCGCCCCAACAUCACCACCACCUUCAGAACAAGAUGAACGCACUCGGCUCUCCGUACUCCGUCAACGGGCGAUCGCUGGCGUCGCCGAACGUUGAGCUCAUGCAUCCCGCUAUGUCAUAUACAAAUCCACCUCGGAAACAGCGGCGAGAAAGAACGACCUUUACACGAGCCCAGCUCGACGUCCUCGAGACCUUGUUCAGCAGGACCAGGUACCCUGAUAUCUUCAUGAGGGAGGAGGUUGCUAUGAAGAUUAAUCUACCAGAGUCGAGAGUACAGGUCUGGUUCAAGAAUAGGAGAGCGAAGUGCAGGCAACAGCAGCAACAGCAACAGAACGGUCCUAAUAGCAACAACACCACCAACAAGCCACGCCCUGCUAAGAAGAAGACGCCACCACCCACACCACGUGAGAAUGAUGCCCCCACCACCACAUCAAGCGAUACACCACCGUUCAAGGCAUCGCCAUCCGUCUCAUCGAGUAUGCCCAAUAACAACAGUAUUUGGAGCCCGGCCUCGAUAGCCCCUCAACCCAUGUCAAGCGAUCAUUUAGCAGCGAACAUGAGUAAUAACAGUUGUAUGCAGCAUUCCUACACCAUGCCCAACGCACAGCCUGCUGCAGGCUACACAGCGCAGGGCUACCAAUCACCGUACUUCGGCGCCGGCCUCGACUACCUCUCUCACAUGCCGCAAUUCCCCGGCUCCAUCAACCACCAGAUGGCAGCGAGUGCUAUGAACAACGGGCCGAUGACCACCAUGGCCUCGCAGCUGCCACCUCCCCACCACGCCCACAUGCCCAUGGGCGCCAUGUCGAGUGCAGAGUGUAUCGACGGCAAAGAACAGCCGCAAUGGAAGUUCCAGUCGUUGUAACCCCCCUACGGCUUAUCUCAAGAAGGCGACCCCAUCGACUCCAUCGAAAUCAAUGGGACAUUUUCUACAGUCACCAUGUUUUUGCGAAAUGUGAAAAAGGACACUCAUGGUAAUAAUGGCGGCCUGUCCCGGCUGUUUUGCGACGUGCACUCUCGAACAUGACAAUGAAAGGACCAAUGACGUUAUUGGUAGGAAGCAGUUUUAAACUUUUAAUUUAUCACAAUUUAUUUUGAAAGGAAUCAUACGAUACAGUCUAGAGAUAACCAAAUAAUGGUUUUCAUCAGUUUCGUUAUGGCGCCAAUCUGAGACGCAAGACAUUGCCGUUCGGACAAUCUGAAAUGAAACACCCUUCAUUCUUUACUUUGCAAAAUUAUGAACAAUUCAUGAGAUUUCAUGUUGCGUCUUAUUCUUUUGCAAAAUAAUAAUCAGGAAAAAGAGGGUAAUUAGUUGAACACUUGACAAGUCAUCAGCAAAUGAAUACAUACAAUUUGCAAUUUGGUAAAGAACAUUUGCAUCAGAAUGUAUUCUCAUUUGACAAAUAGCGUCACUAGUAUGUCUACGAAUCAUGUUUCAUCUAGUCAUUAUUAUGUUUUUUAUAAAGUAUCUUCAGAAUCAUACACUUUAGGGCGAAAUGAUUACAACAAAUCGUUUAAAUGAAUCCGGUGAUAAAUGAUGUAUGACCUUGAACGCAGCUCUCAUACCGAGUGCUAAUAUCAACUCAGUUUGGUUGAUAUAAAGGACCUUGUUAAAAUGAACCACCACCAAACUUCCCACCGAAAAUGGACAAAAAAAGAAUGACUGAUUUAUCUAUCAUGCAAUGUAAAUCUAGAUAAAUUUAUUUAUUACAGUAGAAGUAGACAAAGUGAGAACGAUUAUCAUCGAAUGUUGCUCCAUUAUUUUGGCUAUUAUGUUGCUCAACCUGAGGCGAAUUUUAAUCAUGUUACCGACAUUCCUGCGAGAAUCAAAGAAGUCGACUGCAAUCAACUCGUAUUAGUUAAGAAGAAUCAGCUCAAGUUUAUUUGUUUCUUUAUGUCUUUUAGUCGAUUGAUUUAAAUUUCUGUUGUGAACUUAAAAACGUUCGAAUUUAGUCGAAGCUAGCAUCCCGCAUUUCUAUUCUUCAACAAUAUUAUUUUCGAAGACUAUCUCAAGAGCGUUCCGUUCAGCACAUGAAAGUGUCGAACUAAGCUAACAACAUAUUUAGCACAGAUUCUUUUUCUUUUCAUUUGGAUUUACACUCCCGAGUCGGGUGGAUAUACAGGGUCAUUGUUAAUGUAUGAAACGUUUAUGUUGUAUAGAAAACAAUCUUUUUAAAUUACAAAGUCAUCAAGUAAUGUGUUUAAAAGUUACCAUCAACGGAACUGUCGAUUUUAAAUUGAAAAUAUAUAUGUACUGUACUUCCAAUUUCCCAUUGUGCGGAUUUUAACUGUGGUAAUAGCCCUAAUACAUUUUUGAUUUUUUUUUUUCAAGUGGGGCUUAACUUAUUUAAUAUCAAUGUGAAAAGCAAUCUCUCUAACACAUCCAGUAUUUAGAAUUCUAAUAUUUUGUAGAUUAUGUUUCUUCUGAUAUUUAUGUUCUAUUCUUUUCUCUUCGUUUUGACCACAAACCGCAUGAUGUGUUUGCAAAUGUCACGUCAUUUUGUUUCCGAAACUUUAGUUAUUUCUUCUUCGUAUCAUUCUCGUUCUUCUGCCUCACAUUUGAGUGUAAAUAAAUAAUAUCUAGACGGGGCAACUUCAUUAUUUUUUUCUUGAUUCUGUUCAUUCCAUGUUUAAAGUAGUGUGACACAAAUCAUGUAGUAUGUAGGUUUAUAGAUAUCUGAAUAUCUUCGUUAUUUUUCCCCAGUUGUUUCUAGCCUGACGCGAUGUUAGGUACAUUAUGCACAGUUGAAUGAAAAUUAUUAAAAAUUGCACGAAAUAUA